AUGACCUCCCACGAGGCCUUGUUUUGGAACGAUGGACAGGUUCAAAGUUCUUUCGCCAUUUUAUUUUUGUUUGUAAUGGAAUUCCCACUUCAUUUGUGCUUGUCUUAUGCAGGUGAGUUCAAACCAGCUGGACAAACAACAUGCUUAAUGGGUUAUAUGCAGUCACAAAGACCCACAAAUGUCACCCAAAAGCCCACACUGUACGCUAAGGAAUUUCAAUUAUCUCACGUUCAAGGAGCUUUCUCAAAACACAGAGCUCCAGCACGUACUACACCCACGCCAUUCCCAGGGCGUACUGCACUGAUUCCUCAUAGACCUGCUAUUGUUCAAGUAAUUACAAUUGCGUGUAUAGCCUUCAGUAUUGCCCUGAUAUGUGGGAUCACUAUUUCCUACAUGAUAUAUCGACUGGUACAGGCUGAGGAAAAACAACAACUUUCGUCACUCUAUAAAAAUGUCAAGAUACCAUUAUUAGGAGAUGAAGAGGAGGGCUCUGAGGAUGAGGGCCAGGAUGAGUCCACGCACCUCCUUCCAGAGAGUGAGAAGGAACCGGAAAAGUUCAUUCAUUCAGUCAUUAGAUCAAAAAGAAGAAAACAUAUGGAAAAGAAGAGAUUGAACACAGAGCAAAAGUUGGUAAAGGAAGUGGAAAUAAAGGAUGCUAUACAUACCACAAAUCCGGGGUGUCUGUGAAAAGAAAUGAAAGAGAGGCAGGACAUGCUAGCCAGUGUGGGGAAACAGUGACAGAUGACAGAAUGUGAGCAUGACCUGCUCCUGGAGAACCUUGUGCAAGAGCACUCUAAAGGAAGAACACCAGACGUAAAAACAGGAAAUAAAUUCAUAUGAUAUAGCAAUCUUGCUUCCUAGUUCUUAGAGUUUAUGAAUAAACACAACGUAAUUGUAAAAGGAAAAAAUCCAACUUCGUAAGUGUGAAAGAGAAAUUGUCAGGAUUUUCUUUUCUCACUCCUAACCAGUAGUUUCUUCGGGUAAGUCUCUCAGACCAGGUGAGGAAACCACUUUCAUGAAACAAAGCUUCCCCAGUGACAUUAUCUGUUAAUUCCAGUAGCUCGCUUCCAUUUUACGUAUAACAAGACUGAGAAUGUCAAAAUGAAUAGGACAGCAGACAGUAACCUUUGUUUUUAGGGAUCUGGGACCUGGUGCAG